UAAAUGCAAUGAAUUAUGAAGACCUGAAAAGUUAUGACCACAAAAUCGAUCAUGUUGAUGAAACUGUUAAAGAUGGUAAUAGGGAUGUUAGACCUAUAAAAUUUGAUCAAAAAGAUAAAAUAAAAGUCAAUAAUACAUCUGAAAACUCCAAUAAAAAGAAGUUAGAUAAGUCAAAAUCUGAGGUUAAUCAAGUGCUGGCUACAAAGAAUAGUAAUGAUCAUGAAAGUAGUCUUGAAAAGAAUAAAUAUAAGGUUUUCUUUAGUUAA